GAAAGGAAAAGAGAGGAGAAAUGGAUGGGAAAGUGAAAGUGUAAUAAUAGAGAGAGACAGACAGAGAAUUUGGCUUAAGGAUUUAUAAAUGGCAAAUGCAAACGGAGAGCAGAAAGGUCACAUUGUGACCGUUUUUCUACCUUGUGCGGCCCCACGUGUGUCUCUGUCCAUUAUUAAAAACCGGUGAGCCUCUUUUUCAAAAAAAAAAUUCAAACAAAAACCCUCCUCCUCCUCUGAUUCCAUGUAUAUAGCCGUUACACAGAAAGGCAGCAGUGGAGGACACCCAUAUCCUUUCUUCUUGCCUCCCUCUUCCGUUGUUGCUGAGAGAGAGAGAGAGAUUCUUGCCCUUUCCUUGUAUUGUUGCAUCGUCCUUUGUCGCACAGAGAGAGAGCCCGAAAUCAUCAGAUUCCAGGCACAAUUUUCAGAAUUACAGCCACUGGUUGAUAUGAAGGGAAUGAAGGGGUUGAGGUUCAUCAACAAGAAACUGAAAUCUUUGAGGCCAUCACUGGUGGUUACAACCCUAAAGACAUCGUUAGAGGGGCGGGUGCUGCAGUUGAACGCCUCAGAUGGAGGGGCCCUUCCUGAUGAUCCCUUCCUCAAAACCCCCUCAUCUUGCAAUGCUCUCCCAAUGUGUGAACAAGAAGUGUUCAAGAAAUCCAAAGACCCACCACCUUGCAAUCCCCACCCAUUGUGUGAAGAAGAACUAUCCAAGACACCCAAAAACCCAUCUUCAACAGAUUUCGAAACUGUAGAUAUCUCUGAGCUUGUGCGUGACCUCGAAGAAGAAGAAGAAAUGAUCUCUCCCCCCUACAUUGACAAGGAGAACAUCCGGCCCACGCCAAAUCUUCCACCAACCCCACCUGAGAAGAAACCUCGCAAAAACAGAACAGAGCACCAGCACACAAAGAGGCUGACCCAUGGGCCUUUGUCAGAGAUAGAUGUCGAGUCAUGGGCUCGGCCACCCAACCCAUUUGCCGGAAACAACCUCUUUGAUCCCGACCUCUUGGCUGCCUUUGAAAAGGCUGUGAUGGACCACAUUUGCACUUACAAUGCCAACCUCCCCCUUGAAACUGAGAAGGUUCCUUAUGACCCGCUAUCGGAGUUUGAGGAGAAGUGCCCUCCAGGUGGCCGGGAUUCAGUGGUGCUCUAUACAACGAGCAUAAGGGGCAUCAGGAAGACAUUUGAGGACUGUAGACGGGUGAGGCACGUUCUCAGCACCUUGAAGGUGGCAUUCGACGAGAGGGACAUCUCGAUGCACUUGGAGUUCAGGGAACAGAUGAGGGCAUUGUUGGUCGGGACAGUUGGAGAUGGAGUGGUUGUUGUGCCGCCAAGGGUGUUUGCGAGGGGGCGGUAUUUGGGGGGAGCGGAGGAGUUCCUGGCGCUGCACGAGGGGGGGAGGCUGCUAGGGCUCCUAGAAGGGAUGCCAAAGGGCCGGUUGUCGUCAGAGGGGCCAUGUGAGGGCUGUGGCGGAGUGCGGUUUGUGCUGUGCUUGGAGUGCAGAGGGAGCCACAAGCUUUUAAAAUCAUCAUCAUUGAGUCAUGAGGAGGAGCAGCGGCCGCAAGAGGAGGAGGGAGUGGUUGUUGAUGCUAUUGUGUGCUGUCCUCAUUGCAACGAGAAUGGCCUUAUUCUUUGCCCCAUUUGCUGUUAAACUAAGAUUGCUUCACCCUCCUUUUCAAGAAGAUCUGCUUCUCCAUUGGCAUCUUAUGGGGGAUUUUCAAUGAGGUAUCGAGUUUGGGGUUGCUAUCUUGACUGGAUGGGGUAUGGAAGAAUAAUUAGGGCUUUCUUUCCCGGAGAAGAGCCUGCUGUUUUGUGAUGAGAGUUUUGUAUCCAAUUGCAAAGUCAUUGUUUCAUUGAUUAUCCACCCGAGGUUUCAUGAAAAAGAAGUGGAAAGUGCUGUAAAGAGCAAGGAGGAGGUGCAGCUAGGCACCGGAGCACCACCCAACCACUCGGGGGAGAAGGCAUGUGAACAUUUUGGAAAGCUGGGGGAUCCACUCAUAAAAAAACAAAAAACAAAUUAUUAGUGGGUGUUAUAUAACAAUCUAAAAGCAGCUUUGCCUUUUUGGGCGUGAUGGAGUUUGUAUGAGUUUUCCAAUUUAUGUUUGUCAUUAUACCAUUUCGAGAAUAAGGGAUGACGCAUUGAGAA